CAAGCCUUUCCUCACUUUGCGAUCGAGUUCUCGGCGAUGCACGCUUGAAGAGUCGUUAGCCGGCAAGGUCGCAACUUAUUCUAGCACGCCAAAUCAACGUUCUGUACUGAAAGUCAAUGUCGAUUCGCUCGGCAGAGCGCUGUCUGCGCAUUCUCUUCUGCACUGGCGCCUCGUCCGAAGUUCCACUGGAUGACGGACUUGGCUGUGGAUGAGAGGUAUCAUUCUUCCCGAAUACCGCAGUACCUCUUAUUCGAGCCUACGGUACAUUCUUUCAAGGAUUUGAUUGUUCUUGUGGUCUGCCAUCAGAUGAUGAUGGCAUCCGAAACAACGGCUCUUGUCGAUCACAAGCAGACACUUCGUGUGGCCGGCCCCUACCCGGCCAGCAUCAGGAUUGGCAAGCAUCUGGUCAAUCAACACAUGGUAGGUGACAACACACCAAACUGCUAUUGCAGUUCUGCCGCGGCGGCCGUAGCUUCUAAGCUAUGGCAACUGAGUAUCGUCUCCCCAUACGUUCUCGGUAAUCUGUCGAUUCACAGGCGGAGAACAACCGUUUAUCACGAUUAAGCCGGAGUGUCAUCUAGCACCCUAUGCCGAAAGGCGCAGGGCUGUAUAGUUGAGAUUUGACUUUGUUGGUCGCACAUACAAUUCCAGUCUCCAGCCCGUUAGCUGCGAAUACCAGUGUGAAUGACAAUUCGAAAACCCGCCUUGACGCAUGCUUGUCCCCCCAUUCCCCAAUGACGCCGUGUCUUGGUAGUAGCAGUAGUAGUAGUGAAGAAGCAACCCCUAAAACGCCUGCACCGCAAUAACUGCAGGAUUGCAGCACUCCUUGUGAUGUCGUAUCACGCCAACCACUAGUCCCCGUAAU